GGGCACCGGACCCCAAAAUCGAGGUCCCUGCUGGGGAGGCUGCAGCUGGGGGUCGAGGCGGGUCCCACUGGCGAGGUGCGGGCCAUGGCGCACCCCUGCCACGAGCGUGCCCGUUCUCUGCGCGCCUCCCGGCGGGCACCCAGGCGUAGGAAAUGCUCCCCGGGGGAACGGGCCCGACCUGUUUGCUGCGGGGCCGUGGCUCGGCGCAGGAAUGUGGGUGGUUGGAGGCCACAGGCGGGUCCCCUGGGGCCAAACCCCGCGUCCCCCGCCCGCCGCCCGCACUCGGCGCUCGGCACCCAGCCCCUGCACCAUGCUCCCCCUGCUCCUCCUGCUGCUGGCGGCGGCCCACGGCCUGCAGGAGCUCCCGUACGAGCCGAUCCUCACCGAGCACAAGAUGAGCGGCCGGAUCACCGGCAGCACCUUCGUGCUGGAGCAGCCCCGCUGCGCCUUUGACAAUGUCACCGCGGUAGGAACAGCCACCAGCAUCUGGCUGGUGGUGGCCGAGGCCGCGGCCCCCGUGAGCUUCCCCACCAGCGUGCAGCCGGGGCUGCCCCAGUGGGCUUUCCAGAACUUCCCCACCAACACCUCCGCCUACCUGACGCUCGAAGCCACCAUCCUAAACUACCCCUGCUCCAAAAACCCCCCGGAGAUCACGGUGCUGCGUGUGGGCAGCGAGAGCAGCUGUGCCAAAAACAGCGCCGUACCCACCUGUAACGGCCCCCUGCCCGGCCCCGGGCCCUACAAGGUGAAGUUCCUCGCCCUGAACGGCACCGAGCCCGUGGCCGAGACCCAGUGGUCGCAGCCCAUCACCCUGAGGACAGCCCAGCAGCCCCCGAGCGGCCCCGGGGCGGGCGGCAAGCGCAGCGCCGAGAUGAUCGCCAUCACCUCCAUCCUCUCCAUCCUCCUCGCCCUGCUGCUGGCCGGCCUGGUGGCCACGCUGGCCUUCAGCGGCUCCGACCCGUGUGGCCGUGGAGGCGUCUUCAAGCCGGAGGCGGCGUCGGUGCGGCGCUACAACACCCACCACGUCUACGACCAGCCGGCCGCGCGCCUCUGAGCCCCGCCACCCGCCGGGACCCCCCCAUGGGACCCCGGGGUGACCGCGGGCUGAGUGGGAGAGGAGAUAAAUGGGAUUUCUGCCUGCCCCCU